CCUUGCUGAGUCGGGACUUUGUCUCCGGGGGGCCCUUCUCCCCUCCCGGCCUAUAAGAGCCCUGAGCUCCGCGGUCCCCGUUCUGACACAGUCUCUGGGCCCAUCUCGGAAGGGGCCAACAUGACCCUGCAAUGCACCAAGUCAGCGGGACACUGGAAGAUGGUGGUGUGGGACGAGGAAGGCUUCCAGGGCCGGCGGCAUGAGUUCACGGCGGAGUGUCCCAGCGUGCUGGAGCUCGGCUUCGAGACUGUGCGAUCUCUAAAAGUGCUGAGCGGCGCGUGGGUGGGUUUUGAGCACGCCGGCUUCCAAGGGCAGCAGUAUGUGCUGGAGCGCGGCGAGUACCCCUCCUGGGAUGCCUGGAGCGGCAACACCGCCUACCCUGCAGAACGGCUCAGCUCCUUCCGCCCGGUGGCCUGCGCUAACCACCGCGACUCGAGGCUGACCAUCUUCGAACAUGAGAACUUCCUGGGCAGGAAAGGGGAGCUGAGUGACGACUACCCCUCCCUGCAGGCCAUGGGCUGGGACAGCAACGAGGUGGGCUCCUUCCACGUCCACUCUGGCGCCUGGGUCUGCUCGCAGUACCCGGGCUACCGAGGUUUCCAGUACGUGCUGGAGUGCGACCACCACUCGGGCGACUACAAGCACUUCCGGGAGUGGGGCUCGCACGCCCAGACCUUCCAGGUGCAGAGCAUCCGCCGGAUCCAGCAGUGAGCCGGGCCUGGCGGGGAGGAGCUCGCGCGUGCCUGUCUGCUGCGGGGCAGCCCCGGAGGGCGGCCCGGCUCUCCGAUCCGAUCCGGCCUCCGCCGGUGCCCUGUGUGAACUCCGCACGCUGUGAGCCGGCCCGUGCACACUCAGCACAAAAAGCCUCAGAGUAAUAAAGAAAAGAUGGUUCGCUAUCA